UUAUUAAUCUAUUUUAUUACAUAAUUAUAAAAUUAUGUAAUUUGCAGGUACAUAGAUUGAGCUAUAAAAAUUUAUUAUGACUGGAGUAACUCAGAACCAAAAAUACAAAUACUGUGUUUUCUCAUAUGUGGAUGUUAGCUUUUAGGCUUUUGAGAUGUGUACUAUAAUUUGAAUAACUGUAGAAAUUAUGUACCUAGUAAGUUACCAGAGUAGAGGAGAGGAUCUCCCACAGAAGAGGAAAUAGAAUAUAGUUUUAUGAAGAGAUAAAGGAAGAACUAAAAUAGAAAGAUUAAAAAUAAGGAUAGGAGCGAAGGGUAAAGGAAGGAGUAUGGGGAGGUACUGUUAAUACUAAGUACUACUUGAAAAACAUGGAAACUUAAUACUCUAGAAGCUUCCUAAAAUAUACACAUAUGUGAAAUGAUUCUAAAUGGAGUCUUCAAAUCAUAGGGGAUACAGAGCCCCAACUAGAUAUCAUUAUCCACCCAAUAAAACUUCCAGUGCCAGGAACUGACAACAUCUUUUUAAGUUAUUGGCCAAGUUAUUGGGACCCCCAAAACAUCACAGCUUAUCUAUUGCUAAGGCAAUUAGUUAAUCUCUACCAUCUGAUGUUAAGGCCCUAUUGCUGAGGUCAACACUUACUUAUGUCAUUGGACAGAGAAGUUGAACUGGUUCUUACCUAGAAAUUUCCUCUUUACUGAAUAGUGUUUAUAAUACUGGAAGAUAGUUUGCACACUACUGGAAGAGAAAGGUAAUCACCAAUAUCAUCCAGCUAUGAACACUGGCCUAAAACAGUGAUGUACCUGAAAGCUACACUGAUACAGUAGUGGCACAAGUAUAUGGGAGUAACCAACCCCCUUUUAAAAUUAAACUUAAGGCCUGCUCCUUGAGAUAUAACUAAUACCUGGCACUAGUGUAGUGGCUUUGAACUAGAUAGAUAGGCUUAGGGGAAAACACAAAAGUAUUAUUCUGCUAAAGAAACAGCAAUAAAAUGAUUCCUAAUGCUAUAUUGCUAUACCCAUAGAUCAGUACUUUCUUCAAUCCACAUCAGAGAAAGUUCUUCUUGUAAUAGAUGGAAACUAACCGAGAGAGCCACAACUAGACAAUGUGCUGAGAGAUUUUGGAGUUCUCAGUCAUAAAAGAAAUGUCUUCAUCAAACGCCUCCCUUCAAGACUGAGGGAUCUAUGUGGACAAGAAGAUAGGAAGAUCAUAACAGCCAGAAGGAAUGGAUGACUCCCAGGAAAUGGUGUUGUUUAGACACAACAAAAGUCAGGUAUCAGAAGAGAUGUUCUGCUUACAGAGUUCCCAAGCACUGCAGGUUCUGGAGAAUUCCCUAAGGAAGCACCUCCCUGCGUCCUUAAAGGUGAAAUCAGUACAUCCUCAGAGUAACUGGCAGAGGAAGGAAGAGGUUUAUGGGACUGUCUUCCACAUCAAUCAGGGAAACCCAUUCAAGCUCAAGACUUUGGUAGACAAAUGGCCCGAUUUUAAUACUGUUGUUAUUCGACCCCAGGAAGAGGACAUGACAGAUGACUUUGACCACUACAACAACACUUAUCUAGUUUAUUCCAAGGAUCCCAAGCACUGUCAGGAAUUCCUUGGCUCAUCAGAAGUUAUUAACUGGAAACAACAUUUGCAGAUUCAAAGUUCACAGUCAGACCUGGGCAAAGUGAUAGAAAGUCUUGGAGCCACUAACAUGUGCAAGGUCAAGCAUAAGCAGUGCUUUCUCUAUAUGGUAUUCCAAACAGCAAAGAAACUGGCUCCUUCCUUGGUGGAUGCAAAGAACUUAGUAGUCAGCAGUGACAAGCCCACGCCUCUUGACCAGCAGUUAUUCAAAUUUGCCUCCCUGGAUGUUACACAUGCUGCACUGGUGAAUAGCAUCUGGUAUUUUGGUGGCAAUGAGAAGAGCCAGAAGUUCAUUGAACGCUGUAUCUUUACCUUCCCCAGCUUCUGUAUUAUGGGGCCUGAGGGGACCCCUGUGUCCUGGUCCCUGAUGGACCACACUGGAGAAAUGAGAAUGGGAGGCACCUUGCCUAAGUACCGGCGUCAGAGUCUCAUUUACCAUGUUGCUUCCCACCAGAUUCAGACACUAGAAAAGCUUGGCUUUCCCAUGUAUGCACAUGUGGAUAAGGCUAACUUCACUGCUCAGAGAACGGUUGCCUUGGUGGGGCAAAUCCCCUUGCCCUGUACCUGGAACCAGUGGAACUGUGUACCUCUAUAAAGCUAGAAAAGGGUGAGAAGGGACCUGCACUUGUAGAUGGAGAAAUGGCUGAGUGAACAGAGAGAAGUAAACUGUCAUUAGGAUGGUGUGUGUCUCUAGAGAGCAGAGGUGCAUCACGCUGAGCUGCACACACUGUUUCCUCACCCUCCCCUUGUUCAUGCUCUUAACUCCAUUCUUUGGCAUGCAGAAGGCCACCUUCUCCUCCUCCAACUCUGUUACAGCUCCCACAUCCUCAGGAUUCCUCUAACACAUUUGGCUAGAUUGUACUCUUUUCUAUUCGUUUUGCUGGCUCAUUGAUCCAUGCCCAUUAGUCAGUAGGGUUUUUUGUGACCUAUCCGACACUCCCCUUGCACACAGGCAUACCUCCUCUGAGUUUCUGUAGUUUUGCUUUUAUGGGCUGGAGAAGUAGCCCAUCAUCUAAAAACAGAAAUGAUUCUUUCUCACACCACUCACUAGGCAUUAAAUUGUUAAUAUAUAAAAACUACCAUCUAAGCAAACACAGAUGCUCAAUAUGUGUGGUGCAACUGUAAGAAUUAUUGGGACUAGAGCUCAGCCAGUAAAUGUGCUUGCAGCCAAGCCUGGUAACCUGAAUUUGAUUCCUAGGACCCACUUGUAAAAGGAGAGAAUCAAC